AGUUUAUACAGUUGCAUAUGCAUGUUGUAAUGUUGUUUACAUCGUACAUCGAUUGAGUAUUACUAAUCUAAGUGUCAUGCUGGGUAUUUCAAAUAGAAAAUGAAGGCAAGUGAAGAGUGGUCGAAAUUUGCAAAAACAUAUGAUCCAGUUAAAGUUGGUUCAAUAGAUGGAACUGACACUGAACCGCAUGAUAAAGCAGUUGUACGAGCAAUAAACUCCGAAUACAGGCCAAAUAAGUUUGUGAAGGGACGCCCAGAGAACACAAUAUUCAUAAGCAAUUUGAACCCAAAAACCACUAAGGAUAUUGUAAGAGAUUACUUUUCUAAAUACGGAGUCAUUAAGCGAUUCAGACUUGUGCGAGAUAUUGUGACAGGCUUUUCAAAAGGUUAUGCUUUUGUUGAAUAUGAGAAAGAAUCAGAUGCUGAAGAAGCAUAUCGACGGGCCUACAAGACUGAAUUAGAUGGGAAAAACAUAUUUGUAGAUUUUGAGUGUGAAAGACUUCUCCAGGGUUGGAAACCACGAAGACUCGGCGGUGGUUUCGGGGGUAGAAAGGAGUCUGGCCAAAUAAGGUUUGGUUGUAGAGAUAGACCUUACAGGAAACCUAUUCCUCUAGAGCUGAAAGAACAAGAAGAAAAGCAUUUAAGAAGCUACAGUAGAGAUAGAAAUAACUGGCGAGCAAGUUCCCAUUCAAAAGGACAAUACAGAAGUAGAGAUGAGAAGAAUGGACAUAAAAAGCAUUAAUUUUAGUAAUAACUCUAUUCCUUCUUUGCACAGGACUACUUUAUAUAAUUUUCCAAUAAAGAUAUAAAUUUA